GUUACAUUGAGUGCUUGGAAGAUAAAUUGAUUACUAUGCACAAACAAGAAAAUGAAAGAAUAUGUAAGACAUUUGAAGAAAUUGUUGAACGUGCAUUAAAACCACCUGAAACUACUGAAGAACUUAUAGCACUUGGCCAGCACAUGGAUUAUGUGUCUAAUACACUAAUAGAAGAACUUGAAGAACGAAUUCAUGCUCAGAUGCAGAAACUGGGAAUCCUUCUGGAAACAACGCUGUUGACCAAUGAUCAUUUAGAGUUAAACGCAAGAACAAUACUUUGGCUUCAGGAUAUUCAACCUAUAUUCAAAGAAAAUUCGUUGAUGUACGACAAAUACAAGACAGACUUUGAAGAAAAUUUGCAACAGAAAACUGAAUUAGUGAAUAAACAGUUAGAAGAUUUGGCACCAAAACUUUCUAUUAUGAAUCAUAUGGAAGAGUUUACAAAUGCUUCUUCUUACAUUCCAGACCUUCGCAAACUCCUGCGUCAGUUAAAGAAGUUUGACAAUCAGAUUGCUUGGAUAAAUAAUGAAGAAACACUGUUCAAGUUUCCCCAUUCUUCAUACCCAGAACUUGAUGAGCUGAAGAAUAUCGUACAACCAUUUGCUCAACUUGUUUUCCUUAUUCACAAAUGGCGACUGAAGUACGAAGUAUGGAUGAAUGGUUCUUUCAGUGAUCUGAAGUACAAUGAAAUUGAAUCAGCAACAAAUGAUUUUCACAAGGAAAUAACAGAUAUGCAAAAAGAUUACAGAGCAAAACUUAAGCAACAAGCUGAGGAAAAUGAUCCAAGAAGAUUCCAUGGAAAUGUGGAUGACCCAGAAUUCGUAAAUUUACCUGCGCCUAUGAAACUUUGCAUUAAGACCAUAAAACAAAUAAAUGAGUUUAAGGAAAACUUCAUUUUCAUCAAAGUUUUGUGUAAUCCUGCUCUUACUAAAAGACACUGGAAGGAAAUGUCUAAUAUAUUGGGAACGAAUAUAUGUCCAGAUACUGGAACUACAUUAAGAAAAAUGAUUGGAUAUAAUUUAAUGCCAUAUAUGGAUAAGUUUGAGAUCAUCAGCACAGGUGCCACUAAAGAGUUAACAUUGAAAAAGGCUCUUGAGAAGAUGGUCACUGAAUGGGCGAACGUUAUAUUUUCCUUGGAAACUUCACAGCCUCAUAAUCUUGAAAUAAUAUCAAAUUUUUGUGAUGUCCAAGCUCUCAUAGAUGAUCAUAUUGUCAGAACACUGGCAAUGAGAGGGUCUGCAUUUGCCAAGACAUAUGAAAGUGAGAUGAUAAACUGGUAUGAAAAUCUGAAGAGCCUUAACGUUCUGAUAGAGAACUGGAGAAUUAUUCAAGAAGCUUGGCUAUAUUAUUAUGGUGUAUUUUCCUCUGAUGACAUAACAGUUCAAAUACCAGAAGAAAACAAACUAUUCAAGGAUAUAGACGGCAGCUACAAUACGCUGUUAGAGCUCAUUAAGUGCAGUCCUUUGGUAAUAAGAAUGACAGAUAAUGAACAAAUGGUGAAGCUUGUGGAAACGGUGUGUCCUACAAUAGAAAUUCUUUGCAAAGGAAUAGAUACCUAUCUUGAAAGAGUGCGGCUGUAUUUUCCUAGAUUUUUCUUCUUGACAAAUCACGAAAUGUUGCAAAUAAUAUCAGAGGGAAAUAACCCCUUAGGUGUACAAAAGUACCUCAACAAAUGUUUUGCUGGGAUAAACGCACUGAAAGUUGAUGGUAAUGGGAACAUAAACUGCCUCAUUAGUGAACAUGGCGAAGAAAUAAAACUUCUGAACCACAUUCCUACAUCACGUAAUGGAGUCACAGCAGAAAAGUGGUUUAGUGAGAUGGAGACGCAAAUGGUCCUUUCAUUAGAACACAACAUACACCAGAGUAAUAUAGAUUACAGUGCACAAAGAAGAAGCUCGUGGGUUUGCAGCUGGCCAGGACAAGUAAUACUGUGUGUAUCACAGAUAAUAUGGACAGCUGACAUCCAUUAUUGUAUUUCACAUGACAGUAGUUCAUAUUUGAAGGGAUACUGCAGUCAGUUACAGAAUAAUAUCAACGAUAAUGUAUGCUUUGUACGUGAUAAAGCACCUAGAACAUUCCGAAUUAAUCUUGAAGCUCUCAUAGUCUUGGACGUACACGCAAAAUAUAUAGCAGAAGAGUUACUUCAAAAGCGUGUAAGGACUGAGGAUGAUUUUCUCUGGAUAGCUCAGCUGAGGUUUUAUCUGAAAGAAAAGGUAGAGAUCCAUUGCAUAAAUGCAGUGAUACAGUAUAUGUACGAGUAUCUGGGAAAUACAAGCCGACUUGUAAUUACACCACUGACAGACCGUUGUUUUCGAACCAUAAUAAAUGCAUAUUAUAUGCAUCUUAAUGCUUCCACAGAAGGACCUGCAGGCACUGGAAAAACAGAAACAACAAAAGAUCUAGCCAAAACACUUGCUGUUCACUGUAUUGUAUUCAACUGUUCUGAAGGCCUGAACUACAAGACCUUAGGAAAGUUCUUCAUGGGCCUUGCUGCAUCAGGAGCGUGGGUCUGCUUUGAUGAAUUUCAUCGAAUUAGUAUGAAAGUGUUGUCUGUUGUGGCACAAAAAAUAAUGUGCAUUACUAAAGCACUGCAAUCACAUUCCUCAAAAUUUAAUUUUGAAGGAACACAACUUCACCUAAGUCCUUCAUGUUAUAUCUGUAUCACUAUGCACUCUGGUCAAGUAAACCGUCAGGAACUUCCCGACAACCUGAAGAUUCUGUUUCGUACUAUCGCAAUGACAUUACCAGACAGAGUAUUGGUGACUGAAAUAUGUCUGUACUCCCAUGGCUUUUUGGCUGCUAGAAUGCUUUCAGAGAAAAUUGUGAGUACAUACAGGUUAUGUUCUGAACUCCUGUCUUCUCAGAACCAUUAUGAUUAUGGUAUGCGGGCAAUCAAAUCUGUCCUACGGGCUGCUGGAAAAUUGAAAUUACAGCUACCAAAUGAAAAUGAGGAGUUACUACUAAUGCAGACAAUAAUAAAAUUAAAUGCACCGAAAUUAGUUCCACAUGAUAGAACUCUUUUUUCUGAUAUAUUAUCAGAUGUAUUUCAACAAAACAAUCAAUUAAGGAUAGUACCUGAUUUUCAAGAGAUAGUCCACAAGGAAAUUCUGAAGUUGAAAUAUCAACCAGAAUCUCAAUUUGUAAAUAAAAUUAUUCAGUUUCUUGAAAUCUUUCCCAUAUAUAAUGGCAUUAUUUUGGUUGGUAAUGCGUUCUGUGGUAAAACUAGUGCACUUAAGGUUGUCGCCAAUGCUUUUCCUAAACUUCAGAGAGGUGGUGAUAUAGUGGAAGAAAUAGAUUAUGAAGUUAUUAACCCUAAAUCAAUGACAAUCCCACAGAUUUUUGGGGACUCGGGCUUUCUAAAGCUCCCUGGAGUGUUUCCAGCCAUAUUCAAGAGACUCGGUGCUAGUGAUGCUUCAAAAAGAAGAUGGAUUGUUUUUGAUGGACCAAUAGAUUCGAGAUGGGUAGAAAAUUUGAACACUGUACUUGACGAUAAUAAGAAGCUUUGUUUAACGUCUGGCGAAGCUCUUGAACUGACAGAAAAUAUGUCAAUAAUUUUUGAAGUAGUUGACCUGUCUGAGACUUCUCCUUCUACUAUAUCUCGCUGUGGCAUAAUUUAUUUUGAGGAAGCUGUGGUUACGUGGAAUAUGCUUAUUAGUUCAUGGCUUCUAAAUGAUGACAAAGUAUGGAUGGCUGGAAAUCAGGCUCUGCUUGCGGAUAUUAUUCAGUGGUUGUUUCCUCCCUGCUUAAAUUUUGUUCAGAAAAACUGCAAACAGUUAAUACUUGAAGAUCCUCGCACCUUGGUGAAGUCAACAUUAUCAUUAAUAGAAAUGUUGCUGAAUGAAGCUGUAUCACUGAAUGAAGACCAUGAAUACCUAAAGUCAUGGUUUCAAGCAGCAUUUAUGUAUGCCGUUGUCUGGGGCAUUGGAGGUACCUUGGAUACACAAAGCCGUGAAAAGUUUGAUGAAUUUUAUAAAAAUAUUUGGAAAGGCCAUAACACAGAUCACCCAGUACCACGAUCUCUAGACAAGGUGGACGUGGCAGUUCCUUCCAAAGGCCUUAUUUAUGAUCACAUGUACACCUUUAAAGAAAAAGGAACCUGGGUAUACUGGCCAGAACUACUCAGAGGCAUGGAGGCAGAAGAGAUGACAAAUGUACACCCAAUGUUGGUUCCAACAGUGGACUCUGUUAGGUCGCAAUAUGUAAUGGAGCUUCACAUGCGUAAUGGGGUACCCAUGCUCCUGGUUGGCCAUUCUGGAACAGGAAAGAGUUUAUAUUAUCAAAAUCUGCUAAACAGAUUGUCGCAAGAAAAGUACACCCCCGCAUCUGUUAUAUUUACGUCACAAAUAACAGCAAAUGAUGUGCAGGAGCAGAUCCUUUCUAAAUUAAAUAAAGGGAAGAAUGGACUAUAUGGUCCCCAGAAAGGCAAACUUUGUGUAACACUGAUUGAUAAUUUGAACAUGCCAUUAAAGGCGCAGCAUGGAGCACCAACUCCAAUAGAACUCCUGAGGCAAUAUUUUGAUCAGGGCCAUUGGUAUGACUUAAAAACUGGAGGAAAAAUAUUCUUGCAAAAUAUUUUAUUUUUUGCUGCCAUGAGACUUCCAGCGGGUAUCCAUCAGUGUGUAACCAAACGCUUACUCCAUCAUCUAAAUGUAUACUUCAUGAACAAUUUUUCUGAUGAAAUUGUGACAAAAAUAUUUUCAUCAACAUUAAUGACAAAUCUGAAGAAAAAUGGUUUUGCUGCUGAUGUUAUGUCCACUGUUCAAAACAUCGUUCAAGCUACUCUAAGUGUCUAUACAUCAGUAAUGAAAACUCUGCGUCCAACACCAGCAAAUUCUCACUAUAUUUUCAAUCUGCGUGACUUUUCACGAGUAAUCCAAGGGUGUUCCCUCAUUAGGAAAGAAUCAGCAGACAACAAGCAAUUUUUCACCAGGUUAUGGGUGCAUGAAGUUCUUCGCGUUUACUAUGAUCGUCUUGUGGAUCAGAAGGAUAGGACAUGGCUGUUUGAAAAAAUUGUGUCUUGCGUGGGAGAAAACUUUAAUGAACGAUUUAAAGAGACCUUUGACAAUUUGAAAGACAAUUCAGGACAGGUAACAGAAGAAUGUCUAAGAAAUCUAAUAUUUGUAAACUGUGUUGAUGGAGAGAAAAAAUAUGAAGAAGUUUUAAAUUUUGAUAAAUUUUUUAAUGUUGCAAUGGCAGCUCUUGACCAGUACAACAACGAUCAAACCAAUAAAUUGAAUAUUGUUUUAUUUAAGUUUGCAUUGGAACACCUUUCCAGAAUUUGCAGGAUUCUUAUUACCCCUUUCUCCCAUGGUUUACUCAUUGGUGUUGGAGGUUCAGGAAGACAGUCACUUACAAGACUUGCAGCAGCUUUGUCAGGAAGUCUUAUCUUUCAACCUGAUAUAACUGAAACUUAUGAUCUGCAUCAGUGGAGAGAUGAUCUAAGGAACCUACUGAAAAACUGUGGUGGCAGAAGUUUGGAGACAGCUUUUUUGAUUACUGAAGCACAAAUUAAAGAGGAGGUAUUUUUAGGUGACAUAGAACUCCUUUUGGAUUCUGGUGAAGUUCCAAACAUAUUCUCUGUUAAUGAGAAACAGGAAAUCUUGGAGCUUGUGCGACUUUCUGCCCAAGGAGGGAAUAGCAAUCUAGAUAUCAGUGCACUUUCAGUAUUCUCCUUCUUUGUCAAUCAGUGUAGGCAGAAAUUACACCUCAUAUUAUGCAUCAGUCCUGCCAGCUCAUCAUUUCGCAAGUGGCUACAUCUUUAUCCUUCAGUUAUAAACUGCUGUACAGUUAAUUGGUUUCAGGUCUGGCCUGAAGAUGCACUGGACAAAGUUGCUCAUCAUUACAUACAAGAUGUGAAAAUUUCAGAUGAUAUUAAGAGCUCCUUAGUAGCGGCAUCAAAAUAUUUCCAUGUAACAACAAGAGAGCUAACUACUCAGUUUUAUGAGUCAACAGGACAGAAGAUAUACAUUACCUCCACAGCAUAUGUUGAGCUAGUAACGUUAUUUAAGGAUUUAAUUAACAUUAAACAGUAUGAAAUAUUGAAAGUUAAACAGAGAUAUAUGAUUGGGCUUGAGAAGUUGUUGUUUGCUGCUGAGCAAGUAUGUGCACUGCAACAAGAACUCUCUACUCUAAGGCCAAAACUUGUUUCAGCAGCUAAUGAAACUGCACAAAUGAUGUUGGUUAUAGAAAGGGAAACAUCACAGGUUGAAAAAGCAUCAGCACAGGUACGAGAAGAUGAGAAAAUUGCAAAUACCCAAGCAGCUGCUGCUCAAGAGCUUAAAAAUGAAUGUGAAGCAGAUCUGGCUCAAGCUAUCCCAAUUCUAGAGGAUGCCAUUGCAGCAUUAAACACAUUGAAACCAACAGAUAUCACCCUUGUCAAAUCAAUGAAAAAUCCACCAGACACUGUCAAGUUAGUUAUGGCAGCUGUAUGUGUCAUGAAAGAUAUUAAACCAGAUCGAAUUAAUGAUGCAGCUACAGGUAGGAAGAUAAUUGAUUUUUGGGGACCUAGCAAAAAACUGUUGGGAGAUAUGUAUUUUCUUCAAAGCCUCAAGGAUUUUGAUAAGGAUAACAUACCUUUACCUAUAAUGAAGAAGAUUCGUACAGAAUAUCUCCCUAAUAAAGAUUUUAAGCCACAUAUUGUAGCCAAAGCAUCUAGUGCUGCUGAAGGUUUGUGUAAAUGGGUCAUGGCUAUGGACAUGUAUGAUGCUGUCAAGAAGGAAGUUGCACCCAAGAAAGCCAAAUUACAAGUUGCAGAAAGAGAAUACAAUGCAACCAUUGCUCUUCUAGAAGAGAAACGUGCACAAGUUAGGAAGCUAGAAGAACAGUUAGCAGAACUUAAUGCAAAAUUAAAUGAGGCAAAUCAAAGAAAAAAAGUACUGGAGAAUGAGGUUGCAGCAUCUACCAACAAGCUCAUGAGAGCUGAGAAGUUAAUUGGUGGCCUGGGAGGAGAGAAAGCACGGUGGUCAGCAGCUGCAGAAGCGCUGCAAAGGGACUACAAUUCACUGGCAGGAGAUUUACUUAUGGCUUGUGGGGUAAUAGCUUAUUUGUCUCCAUUCACAGCUUCAUUCAGGAGUAAAUGCCUAAAGGACUGGCACUGCUUCAUAAAGACACUGAAAGUACCAUGUUCAGAUGAUUUCAGUAUAAUGAAUGUUCUGAGUUCUGAAGUCAAGGUGCAAACUUGGAAUAUUUGUGGACUACCAAGGGAUGACUUCUCAACAGAAAAUGGAGUCAUUGUUGAUAUUACAAAAAGGUGGUCACUAAUGGUAGAUCCACAAGGACAAGCAAACUCUUGGAUUAAAUGUAUGGAAACAAAGAAUGGUCUGGUAAAAGUAAAAUUUUCUGAUAGGCAAUAUACACAAAUCCUUGAGGACUGUGUCAGGUUUGGGAAACCUGUUCUACUUGAAAAUGUGAGUGAAGAAUUGGAAACACCCUUGGAACCUAUAUUAAGAAAGCAAAUGAUCAGAAAAGGUGAUCUCUUGUACAUAAGUUUUGGAAGAAAGAUGAUAGAAUACAACACAGGAUUUCGCUUUUACAUGACAACCAGUUUAAGGACCCCACAUUUUUCUCCAGAAAUAUACAGCAAAGUCACAAUUAUCAAUUUUGUUCUUACUGUUGAAGGACUGGAGGAUCAACUUUUGGCAAUUGUUGUGAAAAGUGAAAGGCCAGAGUUGGAAGAGACCCGCCAAAAUCUGAUUGUUGAAAGCACUUCUCAUCGAGAAUCACUGAAGCAAGUUGAAGAUGAUAUUUUAAUUGCUCUGUCACAGAGCAGUGGUAACAUAUUGGAAGAUGAAAGAGCUAUAAAAAUACUGGACUCAUCUAAGGUGCUGUCUGAAGAGAUUACAGUGAAACAAAUAGCCGCUAAGGAGACUCAGAAAAGAAUUGAUAAUUUCAGACAGAGUUACCAACCUGUUGCUCAUCAUGCAGCUCUCCUUUACUAUUGCAUUUGUGAUCUUCCAAAUAUUGAAUACAUGUACCAGUUUUCACUGGAGUGGUUCAUAAAUCUGUACAUAUCAUCUCAUGGAAAGAAUCUGGCAUUUGUGUCGCAUGAAGAGCAUUUAAAAUAUAUUCGAGAGUCCUUUACAUAUAACCUGUACACUAAGGUCUGCCGCUCAUUGUUUGCGAAAGAUAAACUGCUGUUCUCAUUCCUGAUCUGUACAACAAUUAUGAUGUCUAACAAUCAGCUUUGUCCUGAAGAAUUAGCUCUUUUGCUCUCUUCAGGGGGCUGUGAGAACGAAAUGUUGAAUCCAUGUGAGGAAUGGCUCCCACAAGAGCUAUGGCAAAAGAUUUGUUUCAUAAGCCAGGCACCGUAUUUUGCAGGAUUUUCAGAAAGUGUGGAAACAAGGCAAGAGGAAUGGAAAAUAUACAUGAACCACUUGCAACCACAUACUGAGAAGUUACCAGCACCUUGGGAAACAAGGCUCUCUCACUUUCAAAAAUUAAUUGUGUUAAAAAUUUUCCAUCCAAGUCAGGUAAUAGAUGCAGUUGCUUUAUUUAUUGAAAAUCUAAUGGGCAGAAAGUAUGUAACACCACCAACAUUUGAUCUGGAAAAAUCAUUUGAAGAUUCAGACAUCACAUCACCACUACUGUUUAUCCUGUCACCUGGUACUGACCCCACAGAGGAACUAGAUAAAUUUGCUAAGGGAAAGGAUUACACUUCUAAGUUACAUGUAGUAUCACUUGGAGAAGGACAGGAAGAUGUUGUAAAAAAUUUGCUUACAUUUGCUCAGGAAGGAGGAGAAUGGGUGUGUUUACAGAACUGCCACUUAGCAGCUCCAUGGAUGAACACUUUGGAAAAUAUAUGGGAAAACAUAAGCAGUGAAAAUACAAAACACAGUUUUAGAUUAUGGCUCACAAGCUACUCAACAAAAAAGUUUUCACAAGCAAUUCUGCAGAAGAGUAUAAAGAUUGUCAAUGAGACUCCAGCAGCACUGAAGGAAAAAUUACUUCAUUCAUUCAUAUCAGGAAUAAUUAAGGAACCAGAGUUCUUCAAUGGAUGUAAGGGAAAGGACAAAGAGUUCAGAAGACUUUUAUAUUCAUUAUGUUUUUUUCAUGCUGUUAUACAAGAAAGGCGGAAAUAUGGUGCUAUUGGAUGGAACAGACCAUAUAAUUUCAAUGAAUCAGAUCUGAAUAUUUCAAUCAGACAGCUUCAGGUACACAUAAAUCAAUCAGUUGAUGUUCCUUACGAAGCCAUCAGGUACUUAGUAGGAGAGUGUAACUACGGUGGACAUAUACUGGAUGAAUGGGACCAAAGAACCCUUAACACCAUACUUUUAGAUUUCAUCAACAGCAGUGUUGUAUACAGUCAACAAUACACAUUCUCCUCAACAAAUAAAAAAUACAGGCUUCCUAUAGAUACAACAUACAGUUCUUGCAUCGAGCACAUUAUGGCACUUCCUACUCAAUCAACAACUGAAAUACUUGGUCUUCAUUCUAAUGCUGGAAUUAUAUGUGGAAUUAAUGAAUCCAGGCAUUUCAUUCAAAGCCUACGAUCUGCAUAUGGUAACUUGUUAAGUGUGAAAUAUAAAGACUUACACAUGGUGGAUCACAUGCUGAUGCACAUAUUGCAGAAGAUACCAGAUAAAUUUGAUGAGAAAUAUAUAUAUGAUAAGUAUCCAGCACUCUAUCAAGAAACCAUGAAUUCAGUACUGAAUCAAGAAGUUGGACGUUUCAAUACUUUGUUAAAUACCAUUAAAAAUAGUCUUCAUACACUUCUAGAUUGUGUUAAUGGUUUAUCAUCCCUUACUUCUACAUUUGAAGAUGUCAUCCUUUCCUUGGUGGAGAAUCGAGUUCCUUCUCUCUGGAUUAAAGCAUCAUAUCCCAGUGUGAAACUACUAGGUAGCUACAUCUCAGAUCUGCAAAAACGUGUAAUUUUUUUUAAAGACUGGUGUGAAAAAGGAAUACCAUCAUCUUUUUGGUUACCAGGAUUCUUCUUCACUCAAGCCUUUCUUAGUGCAAUUAAGUUAAAUUAUGCCAGAAAACAUGGCAUUCACAUUUGCAUGUUGGACUUUGACUUUGAAGUUCUUUCAGUUUAUUCUGUGAAUGAGGCUCCAGAUGAUGGUGUCUAUACAUAUGGAUUGUUUUUGGAUGGUGCUCGUUGGGAUUGUAUCAGGAACCAGCUGGAAGAUCAAUAUCCGAAACAAAUACAGGAAGAGAUGCCAAUAAUUUGGAUAAAAAUUGCAGAGAUCUCUAAAUUAACAUGGAGAAACUUUUACGUAUGUCCACUGUACAGAACACCUGAACGUCGAGGAAUAAUUAUGACAAAUGGGCUAUCAACAAAUUUUGUGCUAGCUAUGUUAUUACCAACUGAACUUCCUCAAUCCCACUGGAUAAAGAGAGGAGUAGCACUUCUCUGCCAAACAAAUAAAUAA